ACAAUGCCAGUCAGGGAAGGCCCUAAGCGGCCAUUGGUCGGCGUUAUUGAUGAUGGAACCAAGACUGUUAGAUUUGUGAUAUAUGAAGCUGGCCGAUCAGAUGAGCUGGUGGCCUAUCAGAUGGACAAGACAGAGGUCCAGCCCCACGAAGGAUGGUCAGAACAGGAUCCUCUAGAAAUUAUCCACCACAUUAAGCUGUGUGCUGAGAAUGCCAUCGAUCAAUUGGUGGAAUUAGGUUAUACCAAAGACGAUAUAGUAGCGUUGGGCAUCACAAACCAGAGAGAGACAACGAUAGCCUGGGAUAAAUAUACGGGCGAGCCGUUGCAUGCUGCUAUAGCAUGGAACGACAUCAGGACAGACAGCACUGUGGACGCGAUUCUUGCCAAGAUCCCAGACCGAAACAAGAAUUACUUUAAGAACAUUUGCGGUCUACCGAUAUCUCCUUAUUUCAGUGCUUUGAAGAUGCGUUGGUUGAAGGAUAAUGUGAAGGCUGUGAGACGAGCUAGUAGGGACAAGAGGUUGUUGUUUGGGACUGUUGAUACUUGGAUCGUGUGGAAUAUGACCGGCGGACCUCACGGUGGCUUGCACAUAACUGACGUCACGAACGCGUCUAGAACUCUUCUCAUGAAUCUGGAAACUUUGAAUUGGGAUCCUAUUCUGUGCAGAUUGUUCGGUAUCCAUAGAGACACACUGCCCACAAUUAGAAGCAGCUCAGAAAUAUACGGCACCGUGAAAGAUGGCUCCAUUGUUGACGGAAUCAGGAUAUCUGGCAUCCUAGGAAACCAGCAAUCAGCCCUCGUAGGCCAGAACUGCCUCCAAGCUGGUCAAGCAAAGAAUACAUACCGUAGUGGUUGCUUCCUUCUCUACAAUACUGGUACACGUCGCGUGCAGUCCACACAUGGACUUAUUACUACCGUGGCUUACAAAUUGGGACCUGAUACACCCGCUGUUUAUGCUUUAGAGGGUUCCAUAGCCGUAGCAGGUGGAGCAAUGAAGUUCUUGCGUGACAACUUGCGACUUAUCAAGGACGUCGUACAAGAUACAGAACAUAUUGCCGGCCAAGUAUUCUCUACGGGAGAUGUGUACUUUGUACCGGCUUUCAGUGGAUUAUAUGCGCCUUAUUGGAGGAAAGAUGCUCGAGGAAUAAUUUGCGGUUUGACAGCAUUUACAACUAAGAAUCACAUCAUCAGAGCUGCUUUAGAAGCUGUGUGCUUCCAGACGAGAGAUAUCCUUGAAGCCAUGAACAAAGACUGCGGCAUGCCCCUGGCCAAGCUCCACGUGGACGGCAGGAUGACCUCGAAUGACCUCCUCAUGCAGCUGCAAGCCGACCUUAUUGGUAUACCUGUGUUGCGUGCCCAGGCGUGGGACAUGUCGACGCUAGGCGUGGCCGUGGUGGCGGGCGGCGCGGUGGGCGUGUGGAGCACCGACAAGUGGAGGACGCACGCCACGCUCAACGACACCUUCCUGCCCACUACUACUGAUGAUGAUCGCGACGCGAGAUACACAAAAUGGAAGAUGGCAGUACAGCGAUCACUCGGCUGGGCGACGACUAAAAAAUCGUUCACCAUGACAGGUCAGGCCAAACGAAAGUGUAGCAUGAUGACUCAACAAAGCAUUGACGUACCAUCUCUACCGGACAGUAGGAAAAACUCGCUUUUUGAAAACCACAACAUAAACUUAUUAGACAUAAAAUCCGAUAAAAACUUCGAUGAAGGCGUUAAUUCUUAUGUAGAAGAGCUCUUACAGUAUUCAGCUCGAAAAUUCUCCAUUUUCGUCCCCGUCAAAAAACGUGUUACCGAACACACAAUUUUAGAUGACGCGGAGUAUUUUAUGAGCAAAAAGGAGUGUGAUUAUGGCAUGUGUGAGUGCUGCCCUCCUGAGAAGAAGGUGCAAACUAACUGGCAAUCAGUCGAGGAGAUUAUCGAGAAUGAUCCGGAAAUUAUUUUCGAUAGUGAUGAUAACCCUAUAAUGGUUGAGCGGGUUAGGACCGCUGAGCCAGUCUUCCUAACUUCUGCGCUAAGCAUGGGUGCUGCGAGUUUGACGAAGAAAAUUAACUUCGAAAAGCUCCCGGCUCUAUUUAAGACUAUUUAUAAUAAAAUCUCCAGUCCUUUAACGUAAAUUGGUUUCUUAAAACUAUGUGUAGUUAUUGUUAUUACCUACUUUGGGGCUAACAACGGCUUUUUGGCCUGGCUUGGACUCAUAGCCACCAUAGAGUUCCUAAUACUAUCUUAGGAUAAAUACAUUCAAUUACCAAUUUUCUUGAAUAUGCGAAUCGAAUGCAAAUUUAAAAUUAGGUUCAAAGUCAAAAUGACGUACAACAACGAAUAUAUUCAUAUAUUAUAGAGUGUUAUUGUUAUGUAGAUCAGUCUUAGGAUGUUGAAGAAAACUUGUUAUUAUUAAAAAUGUGAUAUUUUCGAAUUAUGUUUCAAAUAUUUAGGCAUUAUGUACUUAAAGUAAUGAAAGUACUAGAAUAGUUUAAAUUUAAAAUUAAUGAAUCAAAUUUCGAUACUCUAGAAGCCAAAUUUUAUGUAUUUCUGAUCCCCAAGGUAUUAUAAAAGACAUUUAGUAUAUAAAUAAUAAUAUUGUCUAUAGAUAGACAAACCACAGAUAAUAUAUUUCAAUGGAUUGGGUCAAUUUUUUUUUAAUCGAACGUCAUGUGGAAUGAAUAGUUUAUAUUUUAAGUAUUUUUUAAGUUACAUUAUUAAACACCAUUUUAACCUAUGCAAGCGGAUUUUUGAACUCAAGUAUUUGAACAUCAGUAUAAUUUAUUUCUCAAUUAAUUAAUGUAAUUUUUUUUUUAUAAAUAUGACCCUUUUCAAAUGAAUUAUUUUAGAAUUUUAGUUCCUUAUUUCGCUAGAAUAUUGUGUCGUCAAUUGUAAAUGUUACUAACAUUAAAAUAAGACUGGUUUAUCUGAAUAAAAAUAUUUAUUUAUCCU